CCCACAUCGCGCUGUUUUUGCACACAGAAGAAGACAACCCGGAAAUAAAUAUUUUGGCGCUUUGAGCAAAUUUUCUAAAUUUCUCAACUCGGGGAGAUUUUGAAGGGUUUUGUUUUUAACGAUGCCUCAAGAGGGCGUAUCUCCGUUCACCGUCACAUCAGCCGCCAGUCUGGUGUCCAAAUGCGUGUCCAGCGGCGCCGUGACUCAGGAAGAGCUAAACUCCGCCUACUCGCAGCCCAACUCCGCCUUCUCCUCCCAACUGCGUGACGCCGAGCAGCGAAUCAGAAUGCAGAAGGAGUUGGAUCAGCUGCAGCUGGAGGCGGAGCUACUGAGGGUGGAGAAGUUGAGCGCUGAUGUCACACAUCCAGCCUGCCUUGCCACAAGGUUCCAGACGUUGCAGAUGUUCUGCACUCAUCUCCAGGACGUCCUGAAGGAUCAAAACCGUCUGAGGCAUCGUCUCAUGAGGCCGCCGGCCCGCACCAGCCUGCCGGUCCGAGCCCACCUGCACAGGUCCGUGGUGAACGUGGUCCACGCACUGCUGGACUUUGUGGAGAGGCUGGAUGAGAAGACGAGCGCCGUCGCCAGGCGUCCGGCGGUGGCGGGCGACCUGGCUCGGCUGAACUCCUCUCUCGCCCAGCUGUUAGCCCUGGUGGCGGAAGCUGAGACGUUAGCCAAUCAGCUUCUUCAGUGGAAGGACAUCCACAGCAGCCUGAUGAGUGACAGCUUGACCCCGCCCCCUUCAUCACAUGUCACACGCAAGCCUGACCUUUCACCCGGUUUUAUAUAAAAGACCAGACACAGCCGCCAUGCUAGUAACGUGUCCACAUUUGGAAUAUUAUUAAUAAAUGAUCAUUUCUUUGUU